AUGGAUAAUAUUGAGGUAUCUUUACGCCUAAUAGCUGCCAUAACACACGAGCAGCUCGCGUCUGAUAGUAUCGAUGAAGCGAUUCAGGCUAUGACUCGUGUUCUAGCAUACCUUAAUCUUCAACAUGUAGACUCACUGCAGCAAACAAACACCCAAAUAAAGUCCUUGUUGAUACAGAUAGAGCAGACUUUCCAUCAAUGGCACAAACUACAGCAAUCAAUUGACAAGGCAAUGAACUUUCGGCUCUGGAUACUGUGGGUAGAGCUAGGCUGCACGCUGGCUGUGCUAUACUGGUGCAAGACAAGGCAGAUGAAAAAUUGUUUUCAAUUGGUGGCAAAUACCAAGCCACCAACGAACUUUCCAACGCUGGAAUCUAAUUUUCAUAGAGAAGAGCAGGUAGCUUUUAUUUGCAAUCUAUGGAAUGCCGUUAUAGCUAAUCCACUUGCCAAAGUUCCAGCAAAAGUUGUGGAAGAAAUGAUGCCGGAGUUGGCGGAAGUUUUUUUUCACUGGAUGACAGUUGCAAUGCGUGGUUACGAGACCAUUUAUAUAGCUCAUGUAGCUACACGAUUUCUUGAUCAUGUAAACAUGGUUUUGAUGGACUCUAUGCAAUUGGAAAAUGCGUUGGUUAUUGUUGCAACUUGCAAGCUGAAAACAGAAAACCUCAAUCAAAACGCUGCUCUUAUUUCUGUGGCAACAUUAAUUUUAAGCGCGUUGAAUCGGACUCAUAGAAAUCCAGAGGCUACGAAGUGUUUAGAGAUCUUGAGUGCCGCUACAGUUGAAGAAUUGUCACAUAGACCAUUUCCAGAGCCUCAGAACCCCACCGCUAGUGUAGCGUUGGCACUGGGCAUUGCUUAUCUUGACGAAACGAGACAUUCGAUUGUUUCGGAAAUGUCUGGGAAUGCGACAUUACUUUGUCAGUUCGCCCUUUUGCGUCUUGUCAGCUUCCAGCUACUCUCUUCGCAAUUAAAGCCGUACGAUGUUGGUGCGAUAAUGGAUUAUCAAGCAAGACUUCAGCAGAGAUUGAAGACUAUGAUUCUUGAAUCUUCACACGCAGAUCUGCAAGAAUACUCACUUCGACAGGUGGAAAUUAGUAUUGAAGACAUGAUCGAUUUUCUCUGCUCAUCACGCCAGAUCUACCUUGCUCUAUUGGACGCUUUAAAAAAAUUACUUUCGCCGAGCUUAUUCCUUUCGAUUACAUCAAACCAGCUCCAGUCAACAGCUGAUCACUCAGUCCAAGAUGAACACCGACUUCCUCCAGGUUCGAAAAUUGUCGCAUUUAUCCAACGAUUCUACGAGGCGGUAGCACCGCUGUUGGAAGUCUUGUCAAAUCGAUACAUUGUGCGUUCUUUCCUUGCCCUUUCUAGAAUGGAAUUCGCCCGCGAAAUCUGUGCGUCACCCAGUGUCAAUGUGCCUAUGCAAGCUGUGACAAAGCAAUUAGAGCUGGAGCUGGAGCAGUCACCAAGUACAUCUGAUUCAAUUUUUGCACCGAUAUUUCAAUCUCAUACCGCACGGCAUCAUAUAAUUAUUCCAGCAGAAAUGGAUGUUAUUGCUGGAUGCCAGACACUGGCAAUCGGUCUUAUGGUUCAGCGCAAGCUUCGCAUAUUGUUGUUCCAUUGCGCGUCGCUGAGCGACGAUGUUCUUACAUUAAUCUUUUCCGGACUCUACAACGUGUUCGAGCCUGUCGAUGCUUUCGCACAUCGUUUUUUAAAUGUCUGUUUGUUACAUCUGCAUCAAUUCUUUCCGCUCUAUUCUGUCUUUCCACAUUACCUCAAAAAAACACUUGAUGCGUAUCCGAUCGCUGCUUCCCGUCAAGCUCUCACCAAGGUGUGCGGUACCAUUUUUGGCUCAUUAUUUGACUCUGAAGCUUUCACGAAACUGGCAAAGCAGGACACUGUAUCCACGAAGAUAGCUCAACAAAUGACUUUGUGGGCGAUACGAAAGUGUUGUGACCGAUGUAAUGAGUUGUUCAUCAAAGAAAACGGAUUGUCUCCAUCUUCAGGAGUUGGUUCUGAUGAAAGCUCAGAACAAAAUCAGUUUCCGACAAAGGUGACGACUACGUUAACUGUAGCCAAUUCGACUAGGGAAUCAGAUGCCCUGUACCUCGCCAAUUUAGUGUUUGAGCUCUUGAAGAUGGCACCUGUUGUCAUUUUGAAAGUUUGCGCGAUGGAAGUUGAGCAACUUAUUGCGUAUUGGGUCGACAAUCUUUCUAUUUUGCGUCAGCUGAAAAACGCACUUUUUGCCACUAUUUCCCAAGACUGCGAAGCUGAGAAACGCGCAUGGCUCGCUGCUUGGUAUAUUGAAAUUGAUAGGCAGUACCCUAUUGCCUCCCAAGCUGCGGGAAAAUCUCGUCUGUAA